AUGGCAGCGAAAUCCGAUGGUCGGGGGGUCGUCACCGGUUUCGCCCAGCUGCACAACCUGGACGAGACGGCGGGGAAUGGAGAGGAGGACCCGAGAGAGGGCAGCUCCUUCCACAUCUGCCACUGUUGCAACACCUCGUCGUGCUAUUGGGGUUGCCGGAGCGCCUGCCUGCGCUACCUCUUGGGGAAGGGGAGAGACGCCAGGCUGCCUCCACAGGAGGAGCGCCUCUGGUUGGACUGCCUGUGGAUCGUCUUGGCGCUGUUGGUCUUCUUCUGGGACGUGGGUACUGACUUGUGGCUGGCAGUCGACUAUUACACCAAGCAGGACUACCUCUGGUUUGGGCUGACACUGUUGUUAGUGCUGGUCCCCUCGGUGCUGGUCCAGAUUCUGAGCUUCAGGUGGUUCGUGCAGGAUUACACCGGGGGGGGACUGAGCUCCGUGGAGGGGCUGAGUAGCCGACGGGCCACGGCGAGUCUGAGCGCGGGGCUCCAUGGCAAGCGCAAGUGCUGCCACCUCUCCGUCUGGGUCUGGCAGACUUUCAUUCACAUCCUUCAGAUGGGACAAGUCUGGAGGUACAUCCGCACCAUGUACUUGGGUAUCCAGAGCCGGCGGCAGAAGGAUAACCAGCGGCGCUUCUACUGGGCCAUGAUGUACGAGUACGCAGACGUCAACAUGCUUCGCCUCCUGGAGGCCUUCCUGGAGAGCGCCCCGCAACUGGUGCUCCAGCUGUGCAUCAUGAUCCAGAGGAACCGCGCUGAGAAGCUGCAGUGUGUCUCAGCGGUGGCCUCCCUCCUCUCCCUGUCCUGGGUGCUAGCCUCCUACCACAAGCUCCUGCGUGACUCGCGCGACGACCAGAAGAGCAUGAGCUACCGCGGCGCCGUGAUCCACCUGCUGUGGCGCGUCUUCACCAUCUCGUCGCGGGCGCUCUCCUUCGCGCUCUUCGCCUCCGUGUUCCACCUGUACUUCGGCAUCUUCGUGGUGCUGCACUGGAGCGCCAUGGCCUUCUGGGUGGUGCACGGCGGCACCGACUUCUGCAUGUCCAAGUGGGAGGAGGUGCUCUUCAACAUGGUGGUGGGCGUCGUGUACGUCUUCUGCUGGUUCAACGUCAAAGAGGGCAGGACCCGAUACCGCAUGGCGGCCUACUACGCCCUGGUGCUAGUCGAAAACACCCUCCUGGUGGCGCUCUGGUACGCCUACCGCGACCCGGCCACCACCGACGACUUCGCCGUGUCGGCGCUCUGCGGCGUCUUCCUGUGCUUCGCCUCUGGCAUGGCCUUCAUGGUCCUCUACUACGGGGUGCUCCACCCCAUGGGGCCCCGGCUGCGGCUGCUGGCCAGCUCCUGCUGCGCCGAGCUGCUCUGGGGCCUGCCACUGCCGCCGGAGGCCGAGCCCAUGGCCCCCACGCCGGGGCCCCGCGGCUCCCAGGCCACGCCGACCCGCGGCCUCGCGGCCUCGUCCGGCGGGAUGGGGGGGGACUACUACUACGACGAGGAGGAGGAGGCGGCCACGGACACCUGCCUGCCCGUGUUCCAGGUGCGCUCCACGGAGCCGGUGGACGCGGCGGGGCGGCCCCUGCGGCCCGAGGGGCCCCUCAUCAAGAUUGACAUGCCGCGCAAGCGCUACCCGGCCUGGGACGCGCACUUUGUGGACCGGCGCCUGCGGAGGACCAUAAACAUCCUGCACUACAUCAGUCCCAACGCCGUGGGGAUCAGGUACAGGGACGGCCCGCUGCUCUACGAGCUCCUCCAGUACGAGUCCUCGCUCUGA